AUGGCAACUGUAAUCAAUCUUGCGCAGGGGCCCGUUGAGAUUCCCGCAUAUCAUCAAGUGCCAGAGACAGCUCACGAAUUGGAUUGGGCCGACCUGGUUACUCUAGAUCUCUCUCAGUUUGAGGAGCCAGGUGGUAAAGCCCGUCUGGCAAAGCAGCUUCAAGAGGCCAUCCAAAAGAUUGGCUUCUUCUACAUAACAAACUUUGGUUUAAGCCAAGAGCAAGUAGAUCGCCAAUUCGCCAUUGGCAAAGAAGUGUUUCGAUUGCCUGCAGAAGAAAAGCUCAAAUAUCGAGCUGAAUUAGAAAAAGGGGGCUAUAACGGCUACAAGCCGCUGGGUCUUAGAGAGGUUGCUCCGGGCAUCUAUGACAACACUGAAAUCUUCAACAUACCCAAGUUCAUACAGGCCUAUGAGCGUCCACAGCCGGAAAUCAUCAACCAGAAUCGCCAGGAAAUCGAGAACUUUGCACGACAUAUCCAUGACCACAUUGUUGGGAAACUGUUGAUCCUCUGUGCCAUUAUUCUGGAGCUACCAGAGGAUUAUUUUCUGAAUCACCAUCGCUACAAUGAAAAGUCCGACUGUCAUUUGCGGUACAUGAAGUACCAUCAUCGUUCAGAAGAGGAAAACCAAGCUCUCGACAAUGUCUGGGUGAAAGGGCACACGGACUUUGGAAGUCUCACGCUGUUGUUUCGGCAGCCUGUUUGUGCACUGCAAGUGCGGACUCCAGAAGGAAAUUGGCGCUGGGUUCGUCCGUAUCCAGAAAGCAUAACAGUCAACCUGGCCGACUCGCUCGACUUUUGGACCAAUGGGUUCUUGAAGAGCUCUAUUCACAGAGUGGUAGCCCCUCCACCAGAUCAACGAGAAACCGACAGGCUCGGUGUCCUGUAUUUUUUGAGGCCAGAAGACAGCACGGAACUGAAGCCCAUCACUAGCACUGUCCUUCAGCGGCUAGGCUAUUCUAAAGAAACAGACACCAGUAUAGCCGGGAUCACAGCCGGUGAAUGGGUAAAGGCGAGAGUCGCUAAGGGAGUUGCCAAAGAAAAUAAGCCACGGAGCGAGGUCGAAGAACAGGUCAUCAUCGGAGGAUUGACUGCAAAGUACUAUGAUUAG